AUGACAGGCCCCUCUCAAACCGCCGUCACUCCCAAUACCGAUACGCCCUUUGGAAUCAUCCAGAUUCGAGGCUACAUCCCCAUCCAACUUGACAUGAACAAGUUGAAUUAUGACGUCUGGCGCGAGCUCUUCGAAACCCACUGCAGCAGUUUUGGUGUUUUGGGACAUCUCGAUGGCUCCUCUGUGCCUACCGCUGAUGAUGAAAAACAGUGGAAAGAACGUGAUGGGCUUGUAAAAAUGUGGAUUUAUGGCACGGUGUCGGAACAACUCCCGGACACCAUCCUCAAAGCCAAAUCCAAGGCGCGUGAUAUAUGGCUCACGCUUGAAGAGUUGUUUCGUGACAACAAGGAGGCACGGUCGCUUCAAUAUGACAAUGACCUCCGCACACUCGAGAUCGGCGAUAUGAGCAUCACCGACUAUACACACAAACUUAAGUCUCUCUCCGAUCUGUUGGCUAACCUUGACUCACCUGUUUCGAUCGAGCCCUGGUAA